CAUGGCUUUUCCAUGUUUCAUAGAUAUGCAAUACAACAGCUAGACAUCCCAUUCCCAUUGCAGCAUUUUGAUCUCUCUUUCCCUUUGCCCCUUUCCACUCUCCAGCUCAUCCCGGUUUGCCCUGUCUAUAAAGUUUGAAGAUUUCGAAGUCGUGAUCUUCUUUUCAAAGCUCUCAUUCUUUUGUCUGUUUCUUGCAAUUCUCGAGUUUGGUUUUUUAUUUUUGUUUGCGUUGCAUUGUUUGAUGCAAAAGCUUUGAUUAAAGAAGGAAACCGGUUUCGAAUUAUAACGUAAACAAAGCGUUCUUGAUGGGGUGAUAUUAUUGAUGGGGUCUGAUAGAAGUUGGCUCAUCAUCUUCAUCGUUUUCUCUUCGUUAUUAUCGUCGAUUGCUGGUGGCUCGGAUAGCCAUGAUCCAGAGGCUUUAGACGCUUUGUUUCAUUUUUACGCAAAUCAAACAUUGGCGAAGCACCGCACAGGUAUUUUAUACAAAAUUCCCCUUCCUUCUAAUUUCUCAGGCAUGGAAGUUUCGGUCAUUAGACUACGCAGCGGGAGUUUAUGGGCCAGAGGAAGCAAUUCCAGCUUUAUCAUGAUCCCACCUAGAGUUAGAGCAUUCCCUCACGUGAAAAGAUUAGCUAUAGUUUAUGAGAACCUGGGAGAAUGGUCGUCAAAAUACUAUCAGAUUCCUGGUUAUACAUUAGUCUCACCGGUGGUCGGCUUCAACGUUUACGAUUCUUCAAAUGCAACUACAUUAAGCGAUCGAAAGGUCACGUUGAGCACCACGAGUGAUCCCGUUUCAAUUCAUUUUCCUUACAUCGAGGCAGAAGAUAAAAAUGUGACGGAACUUAAAUGUGUCAAAUUUGGAGCUGGUGGGUCAGUUAAGUUUCAGAACAUGACAGCGAGGAAUGUUUGUGUCACGGGAAAAGCAGGGCACUUUUCUGUUGUGAUACCGUCUAUGCCAGAGAAGAAAGUAAGAAUCUGGAAAUGGUGGGUGAUAGGCUUUGUGUCUGCAACUGCUGGGCUGGUCUUGUUGAUUUUGGUAGCAGUAAUCAUUUUCAUAUUACUGAGACGGAUGAAGAUCAAAACUAUGGAGAAGGAAUCUGAUAAUGCUGAGACUUUGGAUACGUUUUGGGUUAGGGGAGAUAAAAUGCCUUCUGCAUCAAUGACAAGAACACAGCCAGUCCUUGAGCAUGAUUAUGUUCCUUGACCCAUAUUCUUUACCUUUCAUUUUUCUUU